AUGAUGACGGCUAUCAACAGAACGGACAUCCCGGUUUUCCGAGGCUGUGAACGUGCCCUCAUAAUCCAUCCAGAGAAAGGGGACGACUUCUUCGGUAAAGAUGGUUUUGGCGACAACGAAACAAUUCCUCGUCCGAGUGACAAACUGAUUCAGUCAGAGCAUGCUGUUUUAGCUAUGAUCAGAUUAGUCAAUGAAUACCCAGGUCAGAUUACGCUGUUUGGCCUCGGUCCUCUUACGAAUCUGGCGAUGGCCCACCGGUUGGAUCCUGAAUUUAGCAAGAAAGUCAAAGACUGCUUCGUAAUGGGAGGCAACUACAAAGGCAAAGGAAACAUUACUAGGAGUGCGGAAUUCAAUUUCUACUUUGAUGCUGAAGCAGCCAAUAUUGUUUUGUCAGAGUUUCAAUGUCCGAUCGGCUUCAUUACUUGGGAGUUAUGCUUGGAAUCAGCAUUGACUUGGGACUUCAAUGACGCUCUUCGUAGCAUGUCUGGCGUUAAGGCAGAACUGAUGAAAAAAAUUGAAUCCAAACUAAUUGGUAGCUGGAAGUCAAGAGGUGAUUAUGUAAUCUGCGACGAAUUGGCCAUGGCUGCAGCUCUUGAUGAGAAGUGCAUAAUGGAAUCGGAACAGGUGUCGGCUGAAGUUGAAUGUUUCGGCCAGUUGACUCGUGCUACUCUCUUUCUUGUUCUAUUUCAUUCAUUCAUCUUCUAUGAUCUUAGCCUAUUUCAUCCCCCCCCCAUCUCUCUUAUUUUGGUCUAUCUCAUUUCUUCUUCAUCUCUCUUUUCCCCUCCGUUUUCUUUCUUAUUUGGUCUAUCUCAUUUCUUCUCCAUCUCUCUUUUUCCCUCCGUUUUCUUUCUUAUUUGGUCUAUCUCAUUUCUUCUUCAUCUCUCUUUUCCCCUCCGUUUUCUUUCUUAUUUGGUCUAUCUCAUUUCUUCUCCAUCUCUCUUUUUCCCUCCGUUUUCUUUUUCUUAUUUGGUCUAUCUCAUUUUCUUCUCCAUCUCUCUUUUCCCUCCGUUUUCUUCCUUAUUUGGUCUAUCUCAUUUCUUUUUCAUCUCUUUUUUUCCCUCCGUUUUCUUUCUUAUUUGGUCUAUUUCAUUUCUUCUUCAUCUCUCUUUUUCGUUUUCUUCUUAUCUAUCUCAUUUCUUCUCCAUCUCUUUUCCGUUUUCUUUCUUAUUUGGUCUAUCUCAUUUCUUCUCCAUCUCUCUUUUCUCCUCCGUUUUCUUUCUUAUUUGGUCUAUCUCAUUUCUUCUCCAUCUCUCUUUUCCCCUCCGUUUUCUUUCUUAUUUGGUCUAUCUCAUUUCUUCUCCAUCUCUCUUUUCCCCUCCGUUUUCUUUCUUAUUUGGUCUAUCUCAUUUCUUCUUCAUCUCUCUUUUCCCCUCCGUUUUCUUUCUUAUUUGGUCUAUCUCAUUUCUUCUUCAUCUCUCUUUUCCCCUCCGUUUUCUUUUCUUAUUUGGUCUAUCUCAUUUCUUCUCCAUCUCUCUUUUCUCCUCCGUUUUCUUUCUUAUUUGGUCUAUCUCAUUUCUUCUCCAUCUCUUUUUCCCCUCCGUUUUCUUUCUUAUUUGGUCUAUCUCAUUUCUUCUUCAUCUCUCUUUUCCCUCCGUUUUCUUUCUUAUUUGGUCUAUCUCAUUUCUUCUUCAUCUCUCUUUUCCCCUCCGUUUUCUUUCUUAUUUGGUCUAUCUCAUUUCUUCUUCAUCUCUCUUUUCCCCUCCGUUUUCUUUCUUAUUUGGUCUAUCUCAUUUCUUCUCCAUCUCUCUUUUCCCCUCCGUUUUCUUUCUUAUUUGGUCUAUCUCAUUUCUUCUUCAUCUCUUUUCCCCUCCGUUUUCUUUCUUAUUUGGUCUAUCUCAUUUCUUCUUCAUCUCUCUUUUCCCCUCCGUUUUCUUUCUUAUUUGGUCUAUCUCAUUUCUUCUCCAUCUCUCUUUUUCCCUCCGUUUUCUUUCUUCUUUGGUCUAUCUCAUUUCUUCUCCAUCUCUCUUUUCCCCUCCGUUUUCUUUCUUAUUUGGUCUAUCUCAUUUCUUCUUCCUCUCUCUUUCCCCUCCGUUUUUUUCUUUUUAUUUGGUCUAUCUCAUUUCUUCUCCAUCUCUCUUUUUUCCCUCCGUUUUCUUUCUUAUUUGGUCUAUCUCAUUUCUUCUUCUCUCUCUUUUUCCCCUCCGUUUUCUUUUUUCUUAUUUGGUCUAUCUCAUUUCUUCUCCAUCUCUCUUUUUUCCCUCCGUUUUCUUUCUUAUUUGGUCUAUCUCAUUUCUUCUCCAUCUCUCUUUUCCCCUCCGUUUUCUUUCUUAUUUGGUCUAUCUCAUUUCUUCUCCAUCUCUCUUUUCCCUCCGUUUUUUCUUUCUUAUUUGGUCUAUCUCAUUUCUUCUCCAUCUCUCUUUUUCCCUCCGUUUUCUUUCUUAUUUGGUCUAUCUCAUUUCUUCUCCAUCUCUCUUUUCCCCUCCGUUUUCUUUCUUAUUUGGUCUAUCUCAUUUCUUCUUCAUCUCUCUUUUUCCCUCCGUUUUCUUUCUUAUUUGGUCUAUCUCAUUUCUUCUCCAUCUCUCUUUUUCCCUCCGUUUUCUUUCUUAUUUGGUCUAUCUCAUUUCUUCUCCAUCUCUCUUUUUCCCUCCGUUUUCUUUCUUAUUUGGUCUAUCUCAUUUCUUCUUCAUCUCUCUUUUCCCCUCCGUUUUCUUUCUUAUUAGGUCUAUCUCACUUCUUCUUCAUCUCUCUUUUCCCCUCCGUUUUCUUUCUUAUUUGGUCUAUCUCAUUUCUUCUCCAUCUCUCUUUUCCCCUCCGUUUUCUUUCUUAUUUGGUCUCUCUCAUUCCUUCUUCAUCUCUCUUUUCCCCUCCGUUUUCUUUCUUAUUUGGUCUCUCUCAUUUCUUCUUCAUCUCUCUUUUCCCCUCCGUUUUCUUUCUUAUUUGGUCUCUCUCAUUUCUUCUUCAUCUCUCUUUUCCCCUCCGUUUUCUUUCUUAUUUGGUCUCUCUCAUUUCUUCUUCAUCUCUCUUUUCCCCUCCGUUUCCUUUCUUAUUUGGUCUAUCUCAUUUCUUCUCCAUCUCUCUUUUCCCCUCCGUUUUCUUUCUUAUUUGGUCUCUCUCAUUUCUUCUUCAUCUCUCUUUUCCCCUCCGUUUUCUUUCUUAUUUGGUCUAUCUCAUUUCUUCUUCCUAUCUCUUUUCCCCUCCGUUUUCUUUCUUAUUUGGUCUCUCUCAUUUCUUCUCCAUCUCUCUUUUCCCCUCCGUUUUCUUUCUUAUUUGGUCUAUCUCAUUUCUUCUUCAUCUCUCUUUUUCCCUCCGUUUUCUUUCUUAUUUGGUCUAUCUCAUUUCUUCUUCAUCUCUCUUGCCCCCUCCGUUUUCUUUCCUAUUUGGUCUAUCUCAUUUCUUCUCCAUCUCUCUUUUCCCCUCCGUUUUCUUUCUUAUUUGGUCUAUCUCAUUUCUUCUUCAUCUCUCUUUUUCCCUCCGUUUUCUUUCUUAUUUGGUCUAUCUCAUUUCUUCUUCAUCUCUCUUUCCCCCUCCGUUUUCUUUCCUAUUUGGUCUAUCUUAUUUCUUCUUCAUCUCUCUUUUCCCCUCCGUUUUCUUUCUUAUUUGGUCUAUCUCAUUUCUUCUCCAUCUCUCUUUUCCCCUCCGUUUUCUUUCUUAUUUGGUCUAUCUCAUUUCUUCUCCAUCUCUCUUUUCCCCUCCGUUUUCUUUCUUAUUUGGUCUAUCUCAUUUCUUCUUCCUAUCUCUCUUUUCUCCCUCCGUUUUCUUUCUUAUUUGGUCUAUCUCAUUUCUUCUUCAUCUCUUUUUCCCUCCGUUUUCUUUCUUAUUUGGUCUAUCUCAUUUCUUCUUCAUCUCUCUUUCCCCCUCCGUUUUCUUUUCCUAUUUGGUCUAUCUCAUUUCUUCUCCAUCUCUCUUUUCCCCUCCGUUUUCUUUUCUUAUUUGGUCUCUCUCAUUUCUUCUCCAUCUCUCUUUUCCCCUCCGUUUUCUUUCUUAUUUGGUCUAUCUCAUUUCUUCUUCAUCUCUCUUUUCCCUCCGUUUUCUUUCUUAUUUGGUCUAUCUCAUUUCUUCUUCAUCUCUCUUUCCCCCCUCCGUUUUCUUUCCUAUUUGGUCUAUCUUAUUUCUUCUUCAUCUCUCUUUUCCCCUCCGUUUUCUUUCUUAUUUGGUCUAUCUCAUUUCUUCUCCAUCUCUCUUUUCCCCUCCGUUUUCUUUCUUAUUUGGUCUAUCUCAUUUUUCUUCAUCUCUUUUUCCCCUCCGUUUUUCUUUCCUAUUUGGUCUAUCUCAUUUCUUCUCCAUCUCUUUUUCCCCUCCGCUUUCUUUCUUAUUUGGUCUAUCUCAUUUUUCUUCUUCUCUCUUUUUCCCCUCCGUUUUCUUUCUUAUUUGGUCUAUCUCAUUUCUUCUUCAUCUCUUUUCCCCUCCGUUUUCUUUCUUAUUUGGUCUAUCUCAUUUCUUCUCCAUCUCUCUUUUCCCUCCGUUUUCUUUCCUAUUUGGUCUAUCUCAUUUCUUCUCCAUCUCUUUUCCCCUCCGUUUUCUUUCUUAUUUGGUCUAUCUCAUUUCUUCUUCAUCUCUUUUUCCCUCCGUUUUCUUUCUUAUUUGGUCUAUCUCAUUUCUUCUUCAUCUCUCUUUCCCCCUCCGUUUUCUUUCCUAUUUGGUCUAUCUUAUUUCUUCUUCAUCUCUCUUUUCCCCUCCGUUUUCUUUCUUAUUUGGUCUAUCUCAUUUCUUCUCCAUCUCUCUUUUCCCCUCCGUUUUUCUUUCUUAUUUGGUCUAUCUCAUUUCUUCUUCAUCUCUCUUUCCCCCUCCGUUUUCUUUUCCUAUUUGGUCUAUCUCAUUUCUUCUCCAUCUCUCUUUUCCCCCUCCGUUUUCUUUCUUAUUUGGUCUAUCUCAUUUCUUCUUCAUCUCUUUUUUCCUCCGUUUUCUUUCUUAUUUGGUCUAUCUCAUUUCUUCUUCAUCUCUCUUUUCCCUCCGUUUUCUUUCUUAUUUGGUCUAUCUCAUUUCUUCUCCAUCUCUUUUCCCCUCCGUUUUCUUUCCUAUUUGGUCUAUCUCAUUUCUUCUCCAUCUCUCUUUUUUUCCCC